GGUGCGGUGCUGGGGACAGGCUGCCUCUCACCACUCGCUCGCAGAGGGCACUGCUGAGCUGGGCGAGGAGCCUGCAGCCAGAUGAGACACCCUCAACAAGGAAGGAAGGAAGAAAAAAAACAAAACCUGACUGAAGAAAAAGUGCACGAACCACCAAAGCCAAAUCACGUGUGGUGGGACAUCUCCCGCAGCCUCCCGGCGCGGUGGCACAGAGGACGCGGCUGUCCCCUGGCUGGAGGGACUCUGGGAGCUGGGCAGACCCGACCCUGUUUCCAUUGAGUGCUGGGAGCCUGACGCGGGGUCGCUGAGCUGAAGGCGGUUGUGUUGAGCAGAGAACGGUGGGCGCGAUGUCACCGCUGCGUUUGCUCCGGCAGUUCCCUGGUGCGGCCGGAGUCAGAUGAGCCACUGCUGGCCCGAGGUUCCACCUGCCUGUCGUGUUUGCAGGUGGCAGGACAGCUCUGGCACCCCCGUCCCCUGGCCGCGGCACCCAGAAUGGCAGCGUAGAGCUGGGGGCAGAUGGACGGGGCGCGGCGGGAUGAGCCCUGUCCUGAGCUUGCUGCUGUCCCUGGCCACCUGCGCCCUGCUCCAGGGCACCCCGCUGCCUCCCCGGGACGUCAGGCUGGAGGCACAGAACUUCCACGUCCGCCUGAGCUGGGGGACGGACCCCGGCACGCCCGGCGAUGCCACGUACCAGGUGGAGUGGAGGAGACAACGAAACUCUCGCUGGACCAAGGCAGAUGCCUGCUGGGGGAACAGCACCGGCUCCUCCUGGGCGUGUGAGCUGCAUUUUGACAACAUCCAUGAUAUGUACUGGGCAAGGGUGAGAGCGGUGGCCGGAGGAGAGCCGUCCAAGUGGGUCUAUUCCAAUGAGCUGCAGCUGUACAGAGACACAAUUGUGGGCCCCCCCACCUUGUCCUGGCUGCUCCAGGGUGACGUCCUCAGCAUAAACAUCACCACGCCGCUCACUCCCUACCGAAGCAAAAACGGCUCUUACAAGCCGGUGGGACACGUGCUGUGGAAGCUGUGGUACUGGCUGAGCCUGUACGAAGGGGACGUGCUCAUCCAGCAAGUGCCCUGCAAGCAGAGCGGGGGCGAUGCACCCUGCACCUUCAGGUACCUGAAGCCCAGCACGCAGUACUGCAUCCGGACGACAGCCGUGGACAUGGCCAGGGAGCAGAGCCGGGAGGCCGAGCAGUGCAUGGUGACACCACCGAGCCCCGCAGGCUUUCCCUGGCUGCUCCUUGCCGUUAUGGGUGGUGUCUUCCUGCUGCUGCUGUGCGUGGCCGGACCCUGCUGCGUCCAGCUGUACAUCUUCCCCAGCCCCGCAGAGACGCGCCUCCCGAAAACGCUCGCUCACCUGAACACGGAGCUGAGCAUCGCCAUCAGGGUGCCCACUCUUCAGCUGGAGGAGGACCCCUUCGCCCUGCUCCUGACAGCUGUGCUCCCCUCCCGUGGGCCACCGGCAGAUGAGCAGACGGUGCCCACGGUCCAGCUGCUCCUCAGAGAAAGCCUUUCCCAGGACGUGAAUGGCUACUGUGCCAACGGGUUUGGGCCAUGCUGCCUCGAGGGAAGGGACCUGUCCUGUCCCCGCAGCCAGCCAGGACGUGUCAUGGGCUCCUGGGUCUCAUUGCAGACGGAGGAGGAUGGGGAGGCACAUGACGGGGAUGAUGUACUGGAGCAGCCGGUGCUGGUGGGACUGGCCAGAGACAGAUACACAGGUGACAGGGACUACCGGGCACCCGAGGCGUGGCUCUCCCUGCACCACCAGCUUUAUUCUAAAUGCCAGUGCCCAGCCCUGGCAGCAGGCAGCUGCCUUCCUCUGCCCACACUGGACAGGAGCGUCAGCCAGGAGGAGCUGCAGGACAGCCUUGGCGUGGCAGGGCGCUGGGUACCGCUCACGUCUGUGAAGCUGCCGGCCAGUGAGGAGGAGGAUGGAGGGCAGCUCGUCCACGCUCUCCAGCUCCUGCAUGGCCGUGGGACUGAGCUGCAGCCAGGCGACAGCACCCUGCAACAGGGCGACUUGGAGCUGGCAGCACCGGGCGUCCCCAGCCCCUGCCCGCUGCCUGAAUCCCACCCCGACACCCUGCGGGCAGCUGCCUUCUCCGGCUAUGAGCUGCGUCCCCCAGCUGACAGUGAGCUAUAGCAGGCCGGGGGGACACACAGGUCACAGCAUCCAGCAGAGCUCGAGGCGCUGCCCCGGCCACGAUGGCUGCCUGCAGGGACCUGCCUGUGCCUUGCUGGGGACAGGACACGGGCAUGCUCUGGGCACGGCUGCCACGGAUGAGUGACAUCAUUCACAGCUUCCCUCUGUGGUUUUGGUACUUGUUGAACGAAAGCAUAAGGAAUGCAUUCCAAAGUUGAAGCCCCAACACUUUCCUCUAUUUAUCCAUCAAUAUAUGUGUGUGUGUGUGUACUGUGUAUAU